UCAGAAUGAUGACUGCCAUAAGUUUAAGAGGGAUGUAUUUUGGGUUCCAAAAGAUCAAAUUAAUCAUGGCAGAGAAGUUCCCAAGAAAGCAGUCAGAGGAACAAGAAAACUUCACUGUGUGAAAAAAAUGAGCCCAGGGGUGCUUGGCACAAGGCAGCUUUCCUGCUUUUGUAAUAAUUGCAUGGGUUGCUCAUCAGGUGAAUGUGCAAACUUUGAGUAUGUGACAAAGUGGAAGAAGGUGACACUAGGAACUAAUCACACCAGUGGAGGUAAAAUUUUAAUUUACUUUUUUGAAUCUAGUAGACUUGGAAAAAUGCUCAGUGAAAUGCAACUUACAUAUAUGUACAUGUUUUCCCUAUUCAUCAAGUUAACCUGUUGUUGUUUUUCAGUGGGGAAGAAAUCUCAGGAUGUUGCAAAAGCAAAGGCUUCCCAUGGAUCCGUUGCUGAUACUCCUAGAGUGGCCAAAAAAUUCCAACGUGCUGUGAAGAAGCAAAAGUCUGUCCGUGGAUCUGAUGCUGACGCUAAUGGAGUGGGGAACACAUCACAGGAUGUCACGAAGCCAAAGGGUGCCCAUGGGUCAUCUGCUGAUGCUCAGGGAGUGGAACAUCUUGCAGUGGGAGACUUUGUUCAGGUGUCGGUUGAAGUAAAGGGAAAGACAACAAGGGAGGAGCUGUUUGUAGCCAAGAUUGUUGACCUGACAGAUUGUGGUGUUCGUCUCACCUACAUGCGGCGUCAAGGCGCUUUUUACACUUGGCCCCUGGGCGAAGAGCAUAUUUAUCAUCAUCCGCUCUGUGACGUCAAACAGAAGCUCAGUGCUCCUGAACCGGUGUUGAUAGGCUCCAGAAUGGUUUUUAAUUUUAAGAAGUGAACAACAUGAACACAAAAAUAUUACAAAUCACACGAUUAUGAGUGGUUAUGUUUUAUUUGGAUAUCCAACAUAUUAACAUUUAGUUUCUUGACUCAAACUUUGAGGCCUUGCAAUGAAAGAUGUAACAGAGAUACGGUGUCCUUGUUACGUGGGUAACAUCUAUAUGAGCAACAAAUUUAAUCCAUUUCCUGAUCGUGCAGCAUUACAAUUGUUCAUAGUUGUGUUGCUCAUUUCUGCUCUUCUCUGCAGAAGCCAAAAUAAGUGAUGUCAUGGAGUGAGUCUUGAGAAAACAGGAAUAUUGCUAAAGAGAGGGAAUUUUUGGCAUAUCAUUUAACUUCACCAUAUACAGUAGAUUGUUUUCCCACUGAAUUUAUAUAAUUAAAAUGUAAGAAUUUCCAUCUUGGCUGCAAUGUAUAUGGGUGAGAUGUUAUUGAUUUCCGAAAUAACAAAUGAAAAGAGCCAUUGGGAAACUUUAUCUGUGACCUAGACCUUGCUAUAACUACAGUGUUAAAAUGGUGUCCUUGUUACAUGGGUAUUAGGAAAUUGCACACUGUUAUUGUAAUAGAUUACUGCAUUUUCCAUGCACAUGCUGCAAUACAAAAUUAUAGAAAUUAUGAAUGGUGAAUAUUUGAGAAGUUGAAAUUGUAUUGUUUCUAGACUUGUAACAAGAGUGUGUGACACUGGGAAAUGUGACACGACAAGGAUGGUGUACAUUUACUGUGACUGGUUCAUUUAAUGGUGAACUGCAUCUUACACAAACAAAACAAACCCUGAAAAGAUACAAAAUAGAAAUUCCAUAUAAAUACAAUGCUUUAGGAAAUACCAAUCCAGCAAAGAUAAUUAUAAAAAGAACAAUAAUAAUCCUCAGAGAAUCUAAUGCAAUCAAAAGAGAUAAAUCGAACUCGAUAACACAAUUUGCUUCUAACCGUAAAGUCAAGUUAAAUUCCAAAAUGAAUUAAUACAAGGCAUGUGAAUGCUUUAACUUGCAAAGACAAAAUAGGAAAUAACUAAAGCACAUGUGCAGUGACCUCUAAAUAUAUGACUAUGGACUCAGCAAACCAUAGACUUAAAUCAGUCCACUCAUCAUUAUAACCUAAGGAUCCAUAAAGAAACUAACUUAGGAAAAAUGAAUUAAUAUCAUAAGAAAGGACUAUGGAGAAAUAACAUAACUAAAUAAAUGCUAAACAAAUAUGCAGAUGGCAUGCUUAAUUAAGUGUAAAAAGAGAAAUAUGAGUAAUAUAUGCUGCAUCACAUAAACUUAAGGACUAGUGUGCCAGUCUAAUAAGACACUACUGGUAUCUUAGGUCACACGCUCCAAUAAACACUGGACAAAAGAAAUCUCUGCAGGGUAAUAAACAUACUUGGCAGACUUCCUGCCUCCCUGUA